AAACAGAUAGAACAGUUAAUUAUUAGUUAUAUUUAAAAUGUCAGAAUCAAAAGAGAUGCAGAAGGGAGAACUCGCUCCUACAGAGUGGAUAUGGAAUGAAGAUAAAAACCCACCUUUUCAUAGGACACAAUACGCGCCUAUGCUGGUGAAACACUUCGACUGCUUAUUUGCCGAUGGUGAGACAGGCCGCGUUUUUGUUCCGCUGUGCGGAAAAACUCUGGACAUGAUAUUUCUAGCUGAUAAAGGGCUUGAAGUUGUUGGAUUGGAGUUCUCAGAAAUCGGAGUUGAAGGGUUUUUCAAAGACAACAAUUUGACCUACAAGAAAAUGGAUGUUGUAAAUCAGCCUUUGGUGCAGUACAAAUGCAACGAGAAAAAUAUCACUAUUUACAGAGGUGAUAUGUUUAAUUUGAACCCAGAUGUCUGUGGCCAAUUUGAUGGCAUUUGGGAUCGUGGAAGUUAUGUCGCAAUCAAUAUCCCUACUCAGCAGAAAUAUGCUGAUCUUAUUUUACAACUGAUGAAACCAAAGGCGAAAAUAUUAAUGGAGACUUUCACCUAUGACACGUCGAGAUACGGUGGACCUCCACAUUGCAUAACCUUAGAAAAUUUACAAAGCACUUUUGGGUCAAAAUGUCAAAUUAAAGUUGUUGAUACAAUGACCAUGCUCGCACAUCCCGUUUUCAAUGCAGGAGAUAUGAUUAUGACUCUUCCCUAUUGUCUUCUUUCAAUGAAAUAAAGUUUUAAAUUGACCAUUGUGUAUCAGAUAUGAUAUAGAGAGUCAUGAAGUGUUGAACAACUUACGACUUUACUUUUAAUCCUGGUUUCUGAUUAACAUGUUAAUUUAUUAAAGAACAUAAAUUAGUUAAAAUUCUGUAGUAUCAUUCUGAUUUAUUAAGUAAAAUUAAUGUUUGUUGUUUUGAUUGUGGGAAGGGUAGUGCAGCCAAUCAAAAGCAAGAGGUGUACGUCUAUUUCUUAUUAAAAUCAAAUUUAUUCACGUUUUUGUCCAAAUAAUGUCGGUGUAUUUUAUAGUAAUACCAAUUUUAAUUCAAAAUAAAUCUUAUUUUAUAAAUAAAAUAAAUGAGAACUACAAGCACAAUAAGAUCGAUUAAUAUACAAAGACAAAGAAAUUUUUAUUUGUUGAUACUAUAAAAUCGGGAGAAACUUUUUGGACACCUGUAUAUUUCUAAAUUGCUUGCUUUUUAUAAGUAUUUGUAAUAAAUACUUGUCUCACUCUGAAUGGUUUACUAGUCAAAAUGCUUCCUAUAGAAUAUGAAUAUAAAGUCCAAUUUUCUUCAAAACCAGUUUCAUAUGUUUUAAGUUUUCAAAUUAUAUUUCCAUUUCAUAGACUAUGAAGUAAUAUCUGUGUUUGAAAUUUUUGGUUGAUUCUACUGUAUUUACAUGCACUAAAUAUGUAAACUUUUUUUCUAAAUAAUUGCACUAUGCAGGAUGAUUUGACUUAUAUUUUUCCUUGUCUUGUAUUCAUAUCAUGAUUUAGUAUAAACGAGUAAUAGUACUACCGUAUAUCCUCACAUAUAAGCAGAGUUUAAAACUCGGAAAAAAAGUUGCCAAACUAAGGCUUAUACGCACAUAACUCUGAUCGCACUCAAAGGAAUUGACGAUGUUUUUCACGAUUAUUUACCUAUGUUAACCCCAGUGAUCAAUAUAGUAUUUCAUGAUAUGAAUAACUUCAAUAAUGUAGGUCAAGAAAGCUCUUCAUUCAUAACUAGGUGCUAAGUCUUAUUAAUAUUCAUAUAUAUUGACUUAAUUUUAUAUAUAAUCACAGA